UUAAUAAUAAUAAUAAUAAUAAUAAUAAUAAUAAUUCUUGAAGGAUAAAAACAAAAUAAUAAAAAGAAAAUUAACAAAAAUUAAUAUAAUUAAAAUUGAAAAAAAGAAAAAAUAGAAAAAAGAGAUGAUUUAACGAUUAGGUGAUAGAUAAAUGUAACUGAUAAGGAUGCGUGUGAUUUAGUUUGAUGAAAUUUCGACAAUAUUCUGUUAAAUUAUAAAAUUGUCGAUGUUUACAUAUUAUCAGCUUGGCUUCCUAGAAAGAGAGAGAUAGAAAGAGAGAGAGAGAGAGGGGGAAGGAACAGUGAGAGAGAGAGAUAGAUAUAGGGUUAAUUAAAUGACAGCGCGUUAAGGGGUCAACAGGGUAGAUUGUCGGUGAUAGGUAUAAGAGGAGCGAACGAGAGAAGCUUAAAUGCAGUCGCAUGGUGUACGUCAUCAUGAUUACCUUGUUGCUAUUACCAUUUUUUCUAGCGAGCCGAAUAUCGGUCGACAUCGAAUCGCUUUUACAUGGACCCGAAUACACUUAUCGUGUAGAUAUCAUUACCGUAAAAAAGGCUGGAGGUCAUCCAUGUGCUAGUGAAGAUGUUAAAGCAUUCGACGCCGUUAGUACAUUGAAAUGUCGUCCACGAGUACCGGAUACUUUGAAUUGUCGUUUCGAAGCGGCAAAAAUGCAAAUUUACGAAGACGGUUUGUACGAAUUGGCACGUGAAAUGGUCGAAGAUCUUUGGAUGGACGACGAGCCCUUUGAGAUUAUAUUCGACGAAAAUGGAAUUAAAAAUUUAAUCGUUACCAAAAAUAUGGAACCAUGGACAAUCGACAUGAUACGAUCUAUAGUUAAUCAAUUGAACGUCGGUGUAGAUAUUAGAAACAAACAAGAUGGAAUAUUCACGGCAAUCGAAAGAUCAUUUUUAGGGAAGUGUCAAGCCAAAAUCGAGCUCUAUCAUGGAUUAUCGUAUGACAAUCGAUGGAAGGAUGAAAAAUUUGAAAUAAUACCAAUGAAUGGAAUAAAUAAAGUUAAUUCGGAAUUUUUUGACAUUGAAAAGAGAAGGAACAUCGAUGACUGCGAACACGGAGUAUAUUUUUUUGCGAGCAAAUCUGCUUAUACUAAUUUGCCUCGUGACGUCACCACGGUUAUAAAAUCAUCAAUGAGCCGUAUAAUUAUAUCCGAUUCGAACUAUACUUCAUAUACGACCAAUGAAUUUCUAGUAACUAGUAAGGAUAAAACUAGAAAUUUCACGCUCCACGAGAAGAUUAAAUUAAAUUUGGAAACUAUAUCGGCACCGGUAAACGAUAUACCUGUGAUUCCCGAUGCCACAUCGGUCAACUUUAUGAUUCAACCACGUCGUUGGGAUAAGAACGAAGAGAAGAAGAACGAGGAGAAGAAGAGGAAGGAGAAAUCAUUUCUAAUGGAAAAUAUUGAAAAUCGAUAAAUCACACGUAAACAACGAAUGUCGAAUUAUUUGUUAAUUAAUCAUGACGAUUUGUUCGAUUGAUUAUUAUUAAAACAAAAAAAAAAAAAAAA